CCGUCGUGCCUUCGCCGUGGUAACGAUGUAGCCCGACACUCGGGCGACGCUGGACGCACGAGUGCGAGGGUAAUAUCACCGGGAAAUUAUCGCACGCUGUUUAUCGACGCGUUCACGGCCGGGAGCACGCCGACGCGCACCCCGAGUCGCUCGCUUGAGCACAACGUGAGAGAUAUUGUUAAUAUGGCAGACGCUCGUGUCUCUAGUGUUGUUUAAGUUCGUGAAACUGACUGACGAGUGACAAAACAGUGGCUCCUGUGUACCGAAGGGCACGCACUGUGAUGUGUAUGAGAUCCUGAUCGCCUCGUGCCGCCGUGUACACGUGCGAGUCUCGCAAACACGCGCGCUUGAAAGAGAGAGGGACUGGAUAUUCUUCGUGGUCGCCACGGAAUUGUCGCCGAUCGCGCGGAAGACCCCCUCGCGAACGGAGAUCGUCGUCGCGAAGAGAGUUCCUCGACGAGUUUACGCAUCAACGAACGUUUUCGCGCGUGUGUGUGUGCGCGUGUGUGGUUUCUCUUUUUUUUUUCUCUUUCGUUUCCUUUUCGGUUUAAACAUCCGUCCACUUUGUUUAUCGCGGGCUGCGAUGAUGGGAUUCGACAUCGUCGCGUCGUCGUGAUACGCAGCUGGUGCGCACGUCGCAGGUGUGUUUUUGUCCCUGUGCCACGUUUUGAUGUAACUGCUACUGAGACACUGCAAUAAAGAGGUCACAAGUGAUUGUUUGUCAUGGGUUAUCAGCGAUCUCAUGAGAUUGAAGAGUUUGUGAGUGUUGUAUUAGAAGAGGUGCUAUAAUUGGUUGUUGAACAAAAAGUGCAUCAGGUGUGUGUGCCCUCUGGGCAAACGUUUCAUAUUAGUGGUGCCAUCGGGCUAUGGCCAACCUGAACUUUGAACAACCACCACGCAGUAUUGCGAACGCAAGUCUUUCUUCACGCACAAGCGGCGGGGGGGGUUUAAACACGUCGGCCCUUGUGGGUCAUGUCACGCCCACUUCGGGCAUGUUCUCAGGCUCGUCUGCAAGCACUUCGAGUACGGUCAAUUCUGCGGUAGUCGUUACUAACGUUUAUCCCGGUGCGUCUAGCUCCGGAAGUGGACAAAAUAGUCACCAACCACAGCAGCAGCAACUCUCUCCUAUGGGCAGUAGAGGACUGUUUGGGCAGAGAGCUUUUACUGACAGACGUACGAUGCCUGCUCUUGGAGCUUCGAAUCCAAUGGGUAGUAUGGGCAGUUUUGGAAUACCUCCAAGUCGUAAUUACGGAUCUCAAGGUGCGGUGAACAAUUUCCACUCUGUUUUCGGGAGUGGAGGUGGCGGAGACACGAGUACUCCACCUCUGUUAGAUCUCUCGGAGUUUCCCUCCUUAACAAAUAGAGGUCAAGGUGAUUCCAUGCCACAACCUAGUCCCAUGCCAGGGAAGCAACCAUAUGUUGGAAUGGUGAAGCAACCGACAUCAGAACCGAGUGAAUUUACUAUGAGUUCGGAAGACUUUCCCGCGUUACCGGGUACGCAGAAUAGAGAGGGUCCGUCACCCGGUGGCAGCGUAUCUGGUGAUAAGAAUAUACCUGUAGGACUGGGUCCGGAGAUCGGGCAGGACGUAUUACAGGCGAACAGAGCGCCCGGGUCUGAGAAAUCUCAGUCUUCUAAGAGAGGCAUUCAAACAUCGCCGGACGGCAAGGUGACGAACAUACCUGCAAGUAUGGUGAAGGAUCAAUUCGGAAUGGUUGGGCUUUUAACGUUUAUCAGAGCGGCAGAGACAGACCCGAACUUGGUGUCGCUGGCGUUAGGUCAAGAUCUUACUGCGUUAGGAUUGAAUUUGAACUCGCCGGAAAAUCUCUAUCAAAACUUCGGUGGUCCUUGGGCAGAAACACCCUGUCGACCACAGGAUAUUGACUUUCAUGUACCACCGGAGUAUCUUAUAAAUGCCGCGAUCAGGGAUAAGUUAGCGCCAGUUAAACUAAAUCGAUAUAAAGACGAUUUACUGUUUUAUAUGUUUUAUACAAAUGUUGGGGAUGUAUUGCAAUUAGCGGCGGCGGCGGAAUUGUAUAGCAGAGAAUGGCGAUAUCACAUGGAAGAGAAGGUUUGGAUAACGCAGGCGCCAGGUAUGGGAAUUGUAGAAAAGACGUCGACAUACGAACGUGGUACUUAUUAUUACUUCGAUGCGCAAAACUGGAGAAAGGUAGCUAAGGAAUUCCAUUUGGAUUACACGAAACUAGAAAGUAGACCUCAUCUUCCCACGAACUUACACCAAACUCAGCCUUGACUACAGACUUGUCUGCAGACCAUUGUGCUGUCUUUAAGCUGGAAACGAAUCAGCUAUUGUAUAAAUGAACAAAUUUAAUAAUCUUUAAUAAAAAC